CAUUCGAGAUGGUUCUGAAUGUAGCACUACUCCCUUUUUGUUAUUCUUGCUUUAGUAUUUAAGUUUCUCCUGGCAUUAGCUAUUGUUUGGUCAUCUCUUUAUGCCUUCAAGAAGACAAGCACUACAGAGACAGAUACAAUGAGAACAAGUGUCAUUGAUAUUUCACCUCUCUACUACGUUCUCUUAGCUUUUCUAAUUGUCCACACUAUAGCUCAUCAGACGACCAACAAAGAAACACUAGAAUUUGUUAUUCAUGACAAAGGUAAAGGUCCAAGAAAAGGCUGCAAUUAUAAAGAUCAUCAAAAUAUACCCAUUACACUGCAAUGUCCACAGCCAGGAAAUUCUCUUGCGUUACCACCUCUGCCUGAUCUCGAGCAAGAAGUCUUACAAUUUGCUGAUCAAAGACUCGCCGUGGUGUACCCAGUAAUCCAAAAAUUCAAGUCCAUAAUUGCAUCCGAUCCUCUUGGCAUCACAAAAACUUGGGUAGGCUCAGAUAUAUGCAGUUAUAAAGGGUUCUUUUGCGAGAGCCCCCCAGACAACAAAACUGCUAUAGCUGUUGCGUCCAUUGACUUCAACGGAUUCCAACUUGGCGCCCCUGCUCUUGAUGGCUUUCUUGAUCAGCUACCAGAUAUUGCGCUCUUCCAUGCAAAUUCCAAUAAAUUUGCUGGUACUAUCUCGCCUAAAAUUGCCAAUCUUCCCUAUCUCUACGAGCUUGACAUAAGCAACAACCAAUUUUCAGGUCCAUUUCCUACUGCUGUUCUUGGCAUGAGUGGUCUAGAAUUCUUGGACAUUCGGUUCAAUUACUUUAGUGGUGCAGUCCCUCCUCAAAUAUUUACACUAAAUCUUGACUGUCUAUUCAUUAACAACAACAAUUUCAUGCAGAAGUUGCCUGAUAAUAUAGGCAGCACUCAUAUUCUUUUCCUCACCUUGGCCAAUAAUAAAUUUAAUGGUCCACUUCCAAGAAGCAUUUUCAAAUCUUUGUCCGAUUUAACUGAGGUUCUACUCUUAAACAACCAGCUGACAGGUUGUUUACCCUAUGAGAUAGGGUUCCUUAAAGAGGCUACAGUGGUUGAUCUUGGGAACAAUCAGUUAACAGGUCCGUUGCCAUUCUCAUUGGCUUGUAUAGAGAAGGUGGAGCAGUUCAACUUUGCAAAUAAUCUUCUGUUUGGUAAGGUGCCAGAGGUGGUGUGUGAGCUAGGUAAUCUGGUGAAUUUCUCUUUGUCGGAUAAUUAUUUUACAAAUGUGGGACCUUUCUGUAGAAUUUUGAUCGAAAGAGGAGUGCUGGAUGUCAGGAACAACUGUAUUCCUGAUCUUCCUUUUCAAAGAUCAAUUGUUGAAUGUGCAGAGUUCUUUGCUUACCCAAAAUUCUGUUCCCAUAUGUGGUCUUACGCUUAUAUUCCUUGUAUGCCCUAUAUUCCAGAAAUGGCUCCCUCACCUUGACUCUCAAUUUGCUCAUGCAAUGCAUUGCUCUGGAUAUAUAUAUAUUUUUUUAAAUUGUAAUUAAAGU